AUGUGCGUAGACUCGAAAGGCGAUGCCAACAAGCCCGUCGAUUUGUGGCAGUGCCACCAACAAGGUGGCAAUCAGUACUGGAUGCUCAGUAAGAUCGGAGAGAUCAGAAGAGACGAGUCGUGCUUGGACUACGCUGGUGGCGACGUAAUCUUAUAUCCAUGCCACGGAUCUAAGGGCAACCAGUAUUGGAACUACGACCAUAAAACUAAACAGCUACGGCAUGGUAGCAGUAGAAAGUGUCUGACCAUCAAUAGCACCAAAGACAAGCUGCUCAUGGAAGAAUGUGACUUAAUGUUGCCCAAGCAAAUGUGGCAGUUUGAAAACUUUAACGCGACGUUGGCCACUGAGGACAGUCACAUGAGGCAUUAA